AUGAGUCCAAAAGUUUCUACACCUCCUUCUUCUCGACCCGGUACACCCAAUCAUGCCAACGGUCAGUCUCUCGACCUUACUAUUGGCUGUAAAUUGUUCGUAGAAGUGAAAUUAGGUAAACAAGAAGAUAAGUUGCAAGAAUUUCGUAAAGCAGAGAUUUUAUCCAUCCGUACAAAUCCAGUUGGCCAAACCGAAUAUUAUGUACAUUUUUUGGAGUUCAAUAAACGGUUGGAUGAGUGGGUAAAGGUGGAUAGGUUUGAUUUAGCGAGGGAUAUUGAAAGGCCAAUAAAGAAAAAAAUCGGUAAAGGAAGCAUAAGAGACACUGAUACUCCUCCUCGUGUUGGUUCUCCAUCUACGGUCGGUCAAAAAAGGAAGCAUGCGGCUUUAGAAGAUACUCCAAUACCAACGACGCCAUCGCAUGAGCAACAGAAUGAUGAAUAUGAGUCAGUGGAUGGAAGUGCGACACCCGGUAACGUCACUCCUUUGGGUCCUCUGAACACCAUGUUUACAGAAGAACAAGAGAUUGAGAGAUUACGUACAUCUGGAUCAAUGACGCAAAUACUUUCUGAAAUCUCAAGAGUAAAGAAUCUAGAAAGAAUUCAUUUCGGUCCUUAUGAUGUUGAAACGUGGUAUUUUUCACCAUAUCCCCAGGAGUAUAGUGAGGUGGGAGAAGUACACAUUUGCGAAUUUUGCUUAUAUCAUUUUAUAUGUGAAAAGCAACUUCGUAGACAUUCAAAGAAAUGUCAGAUUAGACAUCCACCUGGAAAUGAGAUAUAUCGAUGUGGUGACAUAUCGUUCUUCGAGAUUGAUGGAAAUAAACAAAAGACCUACUGCCGUAAUCUAUGUCUUUUGUCUAAACUCUUUCUCGAUCACAAGACUCUUCGCUUCGAUGUUGAUCCUUUCCUUUUCUACAUAAUGUGUCAAACGGAUAAUUACGGAUGCCAUUUAAUUGGCUAUUUUUCGAAGGAAAAAGAGAGCACGGAGGGUUAUAAUCUGGCUUGUAUUCUUACCUUACCUCAGCACCAACGAAAAGGAUUUGGUCGGUUAUUGAUUGCUUUUUCAUAUGAACUCUCCAAGAAAGAAGGAAAGGUUGGAUCUCCCGAGAAACCAUUGUCCGAUCUCGGAUGGGUUUCGUAUCGUUCUUAUUGGUCGGAAGUGAUAGUGCAGAUAUUACUGGAGGCCAGAAAUAAUAAUGAUGAAAUUACCAUUGAAGAUAUUUCCGGGAAAACGAGUAUUAAACAAGACGAUGUGAUUUCAACGUUAAAUUAUCUGAAUGCAUUAAAGCCUUAUAAAGGACAGACAAUAAUUUGUUUGUCUGAAGGUGUGAUCAACGCUUAUCAUAAGUCGAAAGCUAAGCAUCAAAAUCGUAAAAUCGAUGAAUCAUGUCUUCAAUGGACGCCGCCACACUUCACUUCUAACCAAUUAAGAUUUAUUUGA